AUGGCGCCGCACCCAAAUGCCACGCCUGCAACGCCCCAGUCUUCCAUCACGGCCACCACGGCCACCUCGGCGGACGCCGGACGCGACGAGCGAGUCGAAUCCAGUGAGUCGAGUCGAGCCGGGUCGAGUCACACAUGCUGCCCGCCUGUCCGCUGGUCCGUUUGCUCGCCUGCCUGCCUGCCUGCCUGCCUGCCUGCCCGCCGCCGCUACGGGACGACAACGCCUAUUGCAAGGACGCCUGUGCCUGCGCUGUCUGCCGACUUAGUUGGAUACGACAACGGCUCUAGCUUCCUCCAGCGACGCCCUCGUGACGGCGAAAUGAGAGAAGGGGGCUUGCCAAACAGCGGUGCAGGCCCUGUUGUGUCCGUCAUGUGCUGCGGCAGCGACGUCAUGGCUACGCUGCCACGCCUUCUGCUCUGCAUGUUGCCCGGGCUCCUGAGUACACUGGGAUGGAAUAUGAACGAGCAUCCGUUGUGUAAAGAUGCAAACUAUGUCUAUGUAUAG